CCUUUACAUAACCCCCGAGUGCAAUAGGAAUUUUACUCUUAGGUCAACUGCAAUUAUUUUGACAUGGACAAUGGAUAAUAUAAGAAUCGCAGUAAAUGGUGUUUCUUAUAACGAGGCAGCAGAGAUCUACAAACCACAUGCUGAUCCGUUCACUGGUCCAAUAACACAUCUUGCACCUUGGAAUUUCGCAGUUUUGGCUACCUUGAUGUUUGUUGUAACAUCUCUGUCUCUAUUUGAAAAUUUCACUGUUAUGUUGGCCACUUACAAGUUCAAACAGCUGAGACAGCCCUUAAAUUAUAUCAUAGUUAAUUUAUCUGUUGCUGAUUUCCUUGUGUCACUCACCGGUGGAACAAUAAGUUUUCUAACAAAUGCCAAAGGUUUUUUUUUUCUUGGAAAUUGGGCUUGCGUAUUGGAAGGUUUUGCUGUCACCUAUUUCGGGAUUGUGGCUAUGUGGUCCCUGGCAGUCCUGUCCUUCGAGCGCUUCUUUGUGAUCUGCCGGCCUCUGGGGAAUGUUCGUCUUAGGGGGAAGCAUGCGGCGCUCGGCCUGCUGUUUGUCUGGACCUUCUCCUUCAUCUGGACUAUCCCUCCUGUGUUCGGCUGGUGCAGCUACACCGUCAGCAAGAUCGGCACCACCUGCGAGCCAAACUGGUACUCCAACAACAUUUCAAAUCACACCUACAUAAUCACCUUCUUUGUGACCUGCUUUAUAAUGCCCCUGGGGGUGAUAAUCUACUGCUAUGGGAAGCUCCUACAGAAGCUGAGGAAGGUGUCCCAUGCCAGGCUGGCUAACGCCAAGAAACCGGAGCGUCAGGUGACCCGCAUGGUGGUGGUGAUGAUUGUGGCUUUCAUGGUGGGCUGGACGCCCUACGCAGCCUUCUCCAUCAUUGUCACAGCCUGUCCCACCAUCUACCUGGACCCCAGACUGGCUGCCGCACCCGCUUUCUUCUCCAAGACGGCUGCAGUCUACAACCCAGUCAUCUACGUCUUCAUGAACAAACAGUUCAGGAAGUGCCUGAUCCAGCUCUUUACCGGCAAGCCUGCACCAGAGAACAUGAAUGCUAUGUCGGAGCGACCGGGAAUGACGGGGGAGAGCUGCACGGGGGGUGAGAUGUCAGCCAUAACAGCACGCAUCCCGGUCUGCGGCAACACCCAGCCUAAGAAUGAGGAGGCGUCCCCCAGCGAGUGCAGCUCCUUUGCCCAGCUGCCAAUCCCAGAGAACAAAGUCUGCCCCAUGUAGGCUAACAGAAGACUAUCCCCACCCCUGAACUCUCCUCCAGUCCUCACUGCCUUACCAUCCUCCCCUUCUAUUCCUAUACAGAUGCAUCUUCUCUUACCCACCAACUUCUUGUGGUAUGUGUUAGUUUAAAGAUGCCAGGUGUAACCACAAGGGUUCUCUGGUUUACUUGUUAUGUAUUAGUAGACAUAGAGGGAAACUGGAGCACAAAAGAGGGACAUAAUGCUUUCAUGUAUGGCAAGCAGCCAGACCACCCUGACUGCCUCUCUCUGCUGGCUUUCAUCUGAGGCUAAGCAGGGUCAGGCCUGGAUCUUUGGGUAGGAGACCAGAUGCGGUUGGAAAGGGUGUUAGAGGGCCAGUGGGAGGCAUUCUUCCCUCCUCAAUACCUUAGUCCACCCUUUCUGUGGACACUGCACCACAAAGGGUUCCCU